AUGGAUGCCUUCUACCUCACCUUCAAGCUGAUCUGCCAGCUCUCUUUCUCUCACCUGUCUCACCUCUUCGGCGUCGCAUUCCUUCUUCUCGCCCUCGCAAUAUGCACAUAUUUCGUCACCUUCACACCGCUUGGCGGAAUCGAAGCAUCUUCCCAUGGCGUUUCCGGCUCUGAUCAGUCGGUCAUCGACUUCCUCCACGAAGAGCACGGGCCGGUCGUUUGCGUCGCGCCUGGAUGGUACAGCAUAGGCGACCCUGAAGCCGCCGCCGCCCUGCUCAACGCCUUCACUCCCAAGGAUUGGCUCUUUAAGUGGUGCUCCGCAACACACAUUCACCUGUUCGGCUGGCAGUCGAAGCUGCACACCUCAUUCGAGAUGACCAAGUUUGAGGACAUAGACGCGAAGCCGUCGCAGUCAUCUCCUCACAUCCAAUAUGAGUCACAUCUCGACAACUGUAUCACCCUGUUUCAUGCAAAACUGUCGGAAUGUACUGAAGCUGUCAACUUAUCACACUGGAUCAACUGUCUGGUUUGGGACGCCAUGAGCGCUGUCACGGUCGGCCAGCCAUUUGGGUUCUUGGGGAGUGACAGCAGGGAUGUCCAAGACCUCAUCGAGAGACUUGCGAAGUGGAAUGCCGAAGCUCCACCCCACGGUCUGCCUGCGUUCAUGCGCCGUCUUGCCUUCCUCCUUGGCAACCUACCUACGGAUCCAGAUUAUCUCGAGUCUUUCGUCAUUGCACAACUCCAGCAGCGUCUCAGCCACCAAGUUGACACAGAUUAUACGGACGUGUGCGACGUACUGGCGAAGUGCGUGGAUAAGGCUGGGACAGAUGGUCUCUACAGCAUAGUCAUCGCAUGCGCUGCAAGUAUCGUUGCAAGCUCUACUGCGACAGCCAUGGGCAUCAAAUCGGCACUGUUUCAUAUCUACACCAACUGGCGCGUAUUGGAUAACAUGCGCAGGGAACUCAAGGCCAAGGAGAGGGAGGGUUCACUGUCCGACAUUAUCACACUUCAAGAGGCUGAGAGACUUCCGUACCUCCAAGCAGUACUCAAGGAAGCUCUGCGAAUGCAUACUGUUAGUGGCUUGCCACCACACGUAAUUGAAACAGACGAAAUCAUAAAAGGCCAUGAAAUCCAACGCGGCUCCAAGAUCUCCAUCAGCUCUGCGGCCAUAUACCGCAAUAAAUCUAUCUUUGGCGAUGAUUCAUCGACAUUUCGACCAGAGCGCUGGCUCGCUGUGACUCCGGAACGCUUGGAGGGAAUGAAUCUUCACUUGAGACAGUUCGGCGGCGACACCCUCGAUCUCAACCUUGCCGGCAUGGUGAAAGUCGUUCCGCAGAUCAUUCGCCGUUUCCACGUCGAGCUCGAGCGCGGUGUAUCCAAGGAUGAUUUCUGGGCAGUCGGCUUCCAAAACUUCAUGUGUAAGAUCAAGCCGGGUAACCUCGGAGUGACACAGCACUAUGUCAACUCUGGCCAUAAAUCGCACAAUCAAGGUGACCACUAUGACCAGCGACAGGGCCAGACUCGGGGCCGUGGUCAGGGACGUGGCGGCCGUGGCGGCCGUGGAUUUCACAAGAACUCACGCUCAAACCAAUGGAACAGCAGUCCAACAGUCGCAAAGGACGACACCAGUUGCAAGCCUGCCCCGCAUCCUCAGCGAUCGAGUGGACCCGCCCCUGCUCCCGACGCGGCUCAAAAGCUGUCAGCUUGGCACGCCCUGCCGACUGAGCUGAAGGCGACAGAAUCCGCCCUGGCUGCUGCUCGGUGGCAAGAGGUGCUGGCUGGCCAGCCCAAAAUCCCAAACACGGCUGCCAUCGAAGAGAAAUUCAUACCGAUCAAAGUCCGUGACGAGACCGCCACCGAGAAGGCCGUGGACCAGAAGGAGAACGUCCAUCUGUAA